CAGUGGUGUAGGAUGGUGGGAGAGCAUGGCGGGCUGGGCACGUGUGUCUUGGUGGUGGUUGUCCUCCUGCUGACCACCACCACUACCACAGCCCACGACUACCUGGAAGACCUCGAUGACCCAGACACUUCACGCCUCCUAGAUGUGCUGCAGUACUAUGACACAGAGCCCAGUUACCUCUACGAUUAUGGGAAACGACAUAGCAACUACGGAUUUGGCCUCGGAAAACGAACCCCCGGCUAUGCCUUCGGUCUGGGCAAACGCGAGGGCUUGUACUCUUUGGGCCUGGACAAAAGAUCAGACCUCUAUUCUUUCGGGCUAGGCAAGAAAUCAGGUAGUUAUAACUUCGGUUUGGGCAAGAGAAGCGUCGGCGAUCUCCCGGAGGUCUCAAAGGUAGAGGACGGGGCGUCUCCAAGGACAAAGCGAGACGUAAGCAUCACCGAGGAUACCCUAGAGGACAAGAGAGCCAAAUACUCCUUCGGGAUCGGUAAAAGAGAAAGCAGCAAGAACAAGAGGUCAAAGUUGUACGGGUUUGGUCUGGGAAAACGAGACUCUGGUGAAGAAAGGAGGGAAGACGACGACAUGGAAAACAGAACCCAACAGUAUUCCUUCGGCCUUGGCAAACAGGACCCCGACAUGGAAAUAGAGAAAAGGCCACGAAAUUAUGCCUUCGGUCUGGGAAAGCGAGAAUCUGAUGAAGAUUCUGAUAAAAGAUCUCAGAUGUAUUCCUUCGGUCUUGGCAAACGGGAUCCCGACAUGGACAUGGACAAGAGGCCCCGGGAUUAUGCUUUUGGCCUUGGGAAACGUGCCUCCAGUGACGAAGAUGACGAGGAGCGUUACUACGCAUAUGAACAGGGAAAGAGACCCACUGCCUACAGUUUCGGUCUUGGGAAACGCGCUUUUAGUGAGACGGAUGACUAUGACAAUGUGAACGACAACGACGAUGGGGAUGAUGAGCUGGAACUCAGCGACUUGGAACAGUACAGCGAUGACCUCAAGAGGGCUACCUCGUAUGGUUUUGGACUUGGUAAGAGGAGCGAUGCACCCGACAGUGGUUUUGGCAGGAGGUCAUACGAUUUCGGUCUUGGGAAGAGAGCUGGUCGGUAUGCCUUUGGUCUGGGGAAGAGGACUGGUCCGUAUGCCUUUGGUCUUGGAAAGAGGACUGGUCCGUACGCCUUUGGUCUAGGAAAGAGGACUGGUCCGUAUGCCUUUGGUUUGGGAAAAAGAGUUGGUCCCUAUGCGUUUGGUCUUGGAAAGAAGGCUGGUCAUUAUGCCUUCGGUCUUGGAAAGAGAGCUGGUCCAUAUGCCUUUGGUCUUGGAAAAAGAAGUGGCCCCUAUGCUUUCGGUCUUGGUAAGAGAGCUGAUCCAUACGCAUUCGGCCUUGGUAAAAAGGCUGGGCAGUAUUCAUUCGGCCUUGGCAAAAGGUCAGGCCCAUAUUCUUUCGGUCUUGGCAAACGUAGCGAUUCCGACUCCGACCAAUACACCCUGGGAAGGCGUUCUGGAGUGUAUUCAUUCGGCCUGGGCAAAAGAGCUGGUCCUUAUAGCUUUGGUCUUGGAAAACGUGAGGUGAGCGACGAUGACCACGACGAAGAUGAACAAGACAUAGGAGUAGAGGAAGAGAUGUCAUCCUAAGUCUCCUUCAAGGUGUCUGACACUACCUAGGCGCAUAAUUAUUCCCAUCUUAACUUCCUCGAUGAGACCGAAUUCUAAAACAAAUCUUAGAGCAAGAAAUUACUCAUAUAAUUAUAACCCCCUGGUUUUGUGAGGCUUAGUGCGGCUGUAUUCACUCCUCCAAGAGUAUGUGAAUGCCUCAUUAGUUCUGAUUCUACUAAUCGGAGCUUAAUUGGCUGGCUGGUAGUAACUUUCAAGGAUGCUUUUGAAUUCGGUCUUGUAUCUUAUUCUCUAACAUAUACAAGACAGGUUCCAGCUUCAUCUUUCUUAUUUUCUACAUUUCUCCAAAUUUACUUUACAAUUUUAGGUCAAUAAUCAUAAAUGUAAUUCCUAAUGGUAACACCACGGAGGCUAACCUAUGUUGUGCCUACACAACUCUGGCCUAUCCUAUACCAUAAACUACAUAUUGUGGCAGGUUUCAGUAUGUAAAAACAAAAAAACAAAAUCAGUAUUGCCAAGUGUAUCAGUUAAGGUGAUGGUCGGGCAAUCAAGAUGCUAAAAACAGAGGAAAAUAAUUGUUUUUUUCUUUGGAUAUGAGAGAAUGUGUUGCAAAUACCUCCAGUAGCCUUAGUCUCACCAGAGGCUAGGUCUGUAUCAAUUAUGUUAUCUUUAGUAUUAUAUGAGAAAUAAAGUAAUAUAUAUUAAAGAUAA